UGAACAAAAUGCCAAAAAAUAAGGAAACUGCUGGUAAAAAAUCUGUCUGUUGCUUUUGUAAAACAGAUGAAAAUGAUGAAUUCCUUUAUGGAAAGUUUUACCAUCUGAAGUCAUUAUCUGUUCAUCACAACUGCAUGUUUUUUUCAAGUGGUCUUAGUCAGCGAGGAAGGAAUCAAACGGAAGGCACUUUGGGUUUUCUUUUGAAAGAUAUUGAAGCUGAAUUAUCGCGUGGAAGAAGACUAAAAUGUUCUUACUGUAAGAAAAGUGGUGCAACUGUUGGAUGCUCUUUAACAAAAUGUAGGAAAACAUUUCAUUUUCCUUGUGGCUUAAAGAAUCUGUCACUUCAUCAGUACUUCGGAGUAUUUUGCUCGUUUUGUAAAGAUCAUAAGCCGAAACAGAAAGAGAUUAAAGUGCAAGAUGAGGAUUUACAUUGCCAUAUAUGUUACACACGUGUUUCUCAUGAUGAAUUAGGUUCAUGUCUAUACCCACCAUGUUGUAAAAAGAAUUUUUUUCAUCGAACUUGUUUACAGAAAUAAACAGGGUUGCACUCUACCUGGAAUACCAGGAAAAGCUAUUGAACAAAAGAAAAUUCUACUUGUUGGUUUAGAGAGCCCAUUUUUCUGUUAUCAUCUGCAGUUAAAAAAAUCUGCUGUAAAAUGUCUGCGAAAAAGACAUUUUGUAAUCCAAAUUGGCUAGAUUCUGAUCUCAAGCUUCAGUGGAGUCCACGAUUGCAACUUACUGAAGGAGCUCCUAAUAUGGCAAGAUAUU